AUGAAGUUGACAACUGCCAUGCUCGCAUGCAUGUUUACAAUGCUAGACUCCCACCUUGGCUCUUAUUCUUUGGUCCCUCGCUUCAGCCUAUGUGCUCGUCUUCCUUGUACACUGAACCUGCGCGGAGGGAGCAGCCCUGCCGUCUCUUCCCAUGAGCUCUUUCAUGGAGCAACCUUGAUAGAUACCAACGAUACCUCCUUCCCGGAUAAAAUAUCCUCGCUAGAAUAUGGCUCGUAUGGCAACUUCGUCUUCAAACAGGGCAGGCACAUCAUGCGUGAAAAAGUCUCAGCGUACUGGGGAGUGAAGUUGUGCAUGACCAGCGAAAGUUCGUCGUCAAGCGUAGAAGAGAGGCCGGAGAUCUGGGGAAACUUCUCGUUCUACCAGCAGACGUCGGGCGAGGUGAGGAGGAUGAGGAUAGGCCUGCACAGCUAUACCCAAUGCGACGAAUGCGUCGAGAUAAUGGGAGGGCCAUGGCUGUUCUUCGAGACGGACGUGAGGUGCAUUGGAGGUGUUGCCGUGCGAACUGUGCUGAGGAGCAAGAGUUUGUUUCGUGACUGCAGCCUGGGAGGAAUGAACUCGCAGUACAUGAGGGCGUCUGAAGGGCUGAGAUGUCUGAUGGAGAGCUCAGUACAAGUGGAGAGGUCGAGGAUCGAGAUGUGCGGCAUCCUUGUCGGGCAGGGACUGUCUGUACGUGACACUGCGAGGGUACAGAUGCUCUCAUGUCAGUUCUAUCACAACUCCGUCGCGAUAUCGGCCGAGGGCUCCGGCCGCCUCCUCCUGAGUGGAUGUAAGUUUGUCGGGUCCCGGUUCGCAUCGCUGCAUUGUGCCUGCUCGACCAAGAAUGUGAUCUGGAUCGUGGAGGACUGCGUCAUACACGGCAAUGUGGGGACUGUGUGGUUGAACGAGAGGAGGCCGACGCACAUGGAGUGGAGGAACGUCUCAAUCCGGAUCGCGCGGCAUAUGAAGGAAGUUGGUUUUCCGGACAGGCCGGGGGGUCUGGAGGACUACAAUGCGCAUCCUAAAGUGCAUGCGAACCUCCUGAGACGAAAGUGCCCCACGUGCCAGUGGAACAACGAGAUCCUGGAUGCUGAGAGGAUUGACACGGCCUACCGUCAUUGGGAGAAGUGCAUGAUGUCGGAGACCAACAAUGUUUACAACGCAUCGCAAGCGCUCGCAGCAUUAGAAGCGCUGGAGGACUCGGCGGUUGCCAAUGAGAGUAACUCGGAUGGCAGCAGCUUGUGGGAUGAUCUGGAAGAAUGUUAUGUAGGUGGAGAUGCGUACUUUAAACGUGUCCCAUCCCCCUUUGACUUCUCCAUCUGCGGAGAACAAGUGCACGUCCGCCCAGUGUGCUCGAAACCUUAUGAGAUGAACUACCCGCCUGAGCAUGAGGCGGCGGUUGAAGCGAAGCUGAAGGAGACGACGCAAGGGGAUUGGGUCUCACUUACUUCCGAAGACGCCAACAGGAGGCUGAUGGCAUAUAGGGACUUGAACUCGCCAAGGCAAGUAGGUGCGCCGCAUGGCAACUUUUACUUCUCCAAGGCCGAGGAGCUCUAUGGGCCAGAGCCGUAUCCUAUCCCAACAUCGUUCCCCAACAACACAAUCUUGGGUAACCUGACGCUAGCGUUGGACCCGAUCAAGUCAAACUAUUCAAACUUGAACGAAUGGAUCAAUGCCUUGUCAAAGCUGCAGUUGCAUGGGGACGCGAACAGGUCAACUUUCUCCUCGGAUAGCGUGGAUGAUAUCCCUGACUAUGAGCCUGACAGUGAGACUUCGUCAAGCGAGAGAAUAACAGAAUUCAAGGACGCCCUCUGUUUGUCGAAACACGUCAAGCUAGACAUAUAA